CAGGCGCAGUGCCCGCAUUCCAUCAUGGCGGAACGGUCGGUUGGCGGUCGGCAGCGCCGGGGUUGAGGCAGGGGCUGCGGCGCCGCGCACGAAAGAAGACUGAGGGACAGGACAGCACAUUGCUCCUCGACAGCCAGCACUGGUCGUGUAACACUUAUCAACAGGAGGAAAUUCAAGUCAGGAGAGUGUCGACGGUAAUUAGGCAUAAUUUACUAUCCUCCCAGGUUUUACGAGCAGGUGGUUAAUGUGAGCGGUCGUCAAUGAAUGGUUUUCAGACAUGAUGGCCGACCAGCCGCCUCCACUGGAAGCGACGCCUAUAUUGAAUGAAGUGACACUUCUACCUCAUAUGGUUAAUGGGGACAGCAUCCAACAGGUUAUUCUUGUACAGGUAAACCCAGGUGAAACAUUUACAAUUACAACCGAAGAUGGACACAUUCAGUGUAUUCAAGGUCCAGCCCAUGUUCCUAUGAUGUCACCAAAUGGUUCUAUGCCGCCUAUAUUUGUGCCUCCCGGUUAUGUAUCUCAGGUGGUGGAAGAAAAUGGAGUUCGGAAGGUGGUGGUAUUGCCACACUCGGCUGAGUUCCAUCCUUCCAUGCAUCCUCCUCCUCCUCCUCCUCCUCCCCACGUACCCCAUUACAUGCACCAUCACCACGCUUUGCUUCCCCACCCUCCUCACCCAGUGUACCCUCCGGUUCCUGGCACGGGAGAGCUGCCACCACAGUUCAUCCACCAGCAUCCACCACCACACGUGUUCCAGGAGCAAGAACCUCGUACACACGGAAGGACAAACUUCAUUCAGCGAGAUGAAAGAAGUCUCAAAAUGCAAGAACACCUGAAGAAAAGACUAAAAGACAGACAAGCCAGUGGUCACACUAACAAUAAACUUAACAGCCCUCCAUCUUCACCCCAUAAAGUUGUUAAUUCUUCCAAUGCACCGAUGCAGAAUGGCAAUGGGAAGGGACAGCAAGGGGCAGGAGGACCACUAAAGCAGAAGCAGACAGGAAAAACAAAGGGCAGCCCAGAUGCAGAGAUGGGAGAAUCUGACACAGAAUCCAAGAAAUGUGAUGUUCACUUGAGCAUUGGGAAGCCAGUUGUUUCUGAUAUACAAGCAAGAUCAGCCGUUCUGUCCUGGAAUCUCCCAGUUAGUUCACAGAAUGGAGAGAGCCAUAGUCAUAGUCCAGCAGCAUUUACAUUUGAAGUAGCAAUAUCCAACAGUGGUAAAAAUGGAAAAUUUAAAUCUGUCUAUGUUGGGGAAGAAUUGACAAUCACACUUCCUGAUCUCAGACCAGCGACUGAUUAUCAUGCCAGAGUUUCAGCAACCAGCAGUUCCAUAAAGGAAUCCAUUUCAGAAUUAGUGAGUUUUACUACGGAAAGUUGUGAGCCAGACUGUCCAGCUGCACCGAAGCUAAUUAACAGAACCAAAAACAGCCUGAGUUUGCAGUGGAAGUCCUCAAAUGACAAUGGUUCCAAAAUAACUAAUUUUCUUUUAGAAUGGGAUGAGGGGAAGAAUGGACCCUUCAAAGAGUGCUACUAUGGGCACCUGAAGCAGUAUAAACUCACCAAACUCUCUCCAUCUACAAAAUAUUCACUCAGAUUAGCUGCUAAAAAUGAUAUCGGAAUGAGUGGAUUCAGUGAGACGGUGACAUAUUACACAGCAGGAAUUGUCCCCCCAGCCCCGUCCCCCCCGGUGCUCGUUGAAGCAGGAGUGACCUGGCUGUCGGUGAAGUGGAGCCCACCCAACGGGGUGUCUUCAGAUGACUCUCUCACUUACAGUUUGGACAUGGAAGAAGAAGGUUCUGGUUACGGUUUCCAACCACAGUACAAUGGAGAUGAGCUCUCGUGCACUUUAAGAAAUCUUAGGAGGAGUACAUCCUACAAGUUUAGGCUCUUUGCCUACAACAGCGAAGGAAAAAGCAGUCCCAGUGAGGUGGUGGAACACAGCACCAACCCUGACAAACCAGGAGCACCCAGUAAACCUGCUGUCAAGGGCAAGAUCCAUUCGCACAGCGUGAAGGUUGCGUGGGACCCCCCUAAAGAUAAUGGAGGAGCAGACAUUUCUAAAUACUUUUUGGAAAUCUCAGAAGCAUCAGUUGGGAGUAAAUGGGACACCAUCUACAGCGGGUCCCAGAGGGAACACGUGUGUGACCACCUGAAGCCUGGCACUUCCUACAGAAUGAGGGUUUAUUGUGUCAGUAAAGGGGGUGAAAGCCAGGCUUCUGAUGUUACGACCGUGACGACGUCGGCUGUUCCCCCUGGCCCCUGCCUCGCUCCCUGCCUGGGGGGCAGAGCUAAGCCCAAGGAAAUCACUCUGCAGUGGGCCCCCCCGUCUGUAGAUGGAGGCUCCGACAUCACAGAAUACAUUGUAGAGAUGGCAGCCUCGGAGCAGGAGGAACGCAGACAAGUGUAUCAGGGUCCAGCAUCUGAACAUGUAGUAAACAAUCUGCUUCCAGGGAGAACGUAUUGCUUCUGGAUACGAGCAGCAAAUAAAGUUGGGUUUGGCCCCCCCUCUGACAAAGCAGAGAUCUCCACUGCUCCGGGCCCCCCCGACCAAUGCUGCAAACCCCUGAUAACUUGUAAAAGUGCAACUUGCGCUGUAGUUUCAUGGGAGAGUCCUGCGUGCAACGGCGCAGAAAUCAGCGAGUACCGGCUGGAGUGGGGGCAGGCGGAAGGGUCGAUGCACAUCAUUUACACGGGCUCCUGCCAGAGCUAUGAAGUGAAAGGUCUCACGCCUGCAACCACCUAUUAUUGCAGAGUACAGGCUGUGAAUGUGGCUGGCAUUGGGUUGUUUGGUGAGACUGGGGUGGUGACAACCCCCGCGGCGGUGCCCGCGGCGGUGACGGUGCUGCAUUUACUUGAAGAAGAUCAAAUGGAGACGUCUCUUCCUUUAUCCACGUGCCUUGCCAUCCAGUGGGAAGAGCCCUGCUGUCACGGGGCAGAGAUCACCGGCUACAACAUCGAAUACGGAGAAAAGCAGCUGGUAACUGUUGGAAGAAAUACGAGCCACGUUCUGGAGAAUCUGCUGCCUGACACUCUCUACAGAAUUCGAAUACAGGCCAUAAACAGCUUGGGGGUUGGUCCUUUCAGUCAUUCCAUUAAAGCCAAAACGAAACCACUACCUCCUGACCCUCCUCAUCUCGAAUGUGUGGUCUUCAGCUACCAGAGCCUUAAACUGAAAUGGGGUGAAGGUCCCAGCAGAGCUUUAAUUACCAACCCGACACAAUUCAACUUGCAGAUGGAGGACAGGUUUGGCAGGUUUGUUACUGUUUAUAAUGGUCCUUGUCAUACAUACAAGGUGCAGCGACUCAGUGAAUCCACUACAUACUAUUUUAAAAUCCAGGCGUAUAACGAUGCUGGAGAGGGAGAGUUUUCUGAAGUUUACGCUUUCACUACAACUAAGUCUCCACCCGCAUCUCUUAAAGCACCCAAAGCAAAUCAGCUGGAAGAAAACACUUAUGAAAUCACAUGGGAACCUUUACAGCCGAUGAAAGGGGAUUCCAUUGUUUACAUCCUUCAGCUUGCUGCUGGGAGAGAGUUUGAUCAGGUGUACAAGGGACCAGAGACGUCCUUCCGUCUCACGAGCUUGCAGACAAACUGUGAAUAUCGCAUCAGAGUCUGCGCAGGCCGCCAGUCCCAGGACUCUGCUGGAUCCCAGGAACUGUAUGGACCUUACAGUCCCAGUACAGUGUUCUCAUCUCAGAAACAAGAGCUGGUCCCCCCCUCUGCUGACCUGACGACGGAGCUGGCGGAGACGAAGAAGACGUUACGCGAAGAGCGGUUCAUCGCCAUCGUUCUCCUCUGCGGAUUCGCAGUGGUUGCCAUUUUAUUUGCUGUCGUUAUUCAAUACUUUGUAAUCAAGUAAGACGAGAGCCUGUUGAGUACUCAGCUUUUUUUGUACAGAAGCUAUUUCGGGUAUUUAUGGUUAGUUCUAAUAAAAGUCUCGGCUGGAAACGUAGAGUUCCGGGCGUUUCCAGUUUUGCUGCUGGCUGCCAGUGAGGCUGGGCCGGCGGAUCCUUUCCAAAUAACUGAACACAGAUUUUUUCUUGUAGAAAGGGUAAUCCUGGGUCCUCUCGAAAUCAGGGUUAGCUGUUAAGAAAACAGCAAAAUAAAAACAAACCUGCCUUAUUGCGCACACCGGGGGCGGUGUGUGUAUGUGUAUGUGUGUGUGUGUGUGUGCACACUCUUCCUCUCUCCGAAUUCAAAGCCGGGGCCCUUUGGCCAGUUGAGAGAGAGAGAGAAGGCAUUGAGGGAACGAGUCCUUUUCCAGUCUGACUAGAGCAGUGGUAGUCGAUCCGCAGUGUUUAAUCAGGUAUCGUUGUAGUUUGGUAUAAAUGAAAUACAGCAGCACAAAUGCUUAAAGCUUAGAGCAGUUACCGUAUCGCAGAACAUUACUAGAGCGUACCACAUUUACUCUACCGUAGAAGGAAAGCAGAAUAUUUUGACUUUGACUUAGCGAUAUUACUACUUUACAGUUAUUUUAAUAUUUGGGAUUCAAUAAUAAUCAUUUCAAGCCUUCAAAGUUAGCGGGUGCCGGUGUUUUUUUUUUUUAAGAGUUUUAAUCAAAACGUUAGCAGGACCGCGAUGUCCGCACGGCGACGGCGCUCGGAUGUGACGCUGCAGAUAAAAGGCCCCUUUUUUGUAUCAUAACAUUUCUGAAUGAAAUGCUUCUGGCUGUCGGUGAGCAGCCCCUUUUGGCCCAAUCCACAUUUCACUCUCAGUGCCUGAGAGAAAAGUAUAACUCCCUGUGCUUCUGAUCAAACCUCCCCAGUGGUUUUAUUUUUUCAGAAGAGCCACAGGUAUUGUCUUUAAGGAGAAAAGAGUGCAUUUAUGAUAAAUGUUACACUAUUUGGCUCAAACUGAGCAAAUGUUUUUUGUACUAUUAUUAACCUAAAAAUAAUAAUAAUAAAAAAAAAAAGUUCAAACUGCUUUUGGAUGCCCUUCUAACUUAACCUGAAUUAUCAAAAUUGUACGUGAAAAGAGCUCUUUUUAGAUAACAUUUCUACAAUGUUUUAAAUGACUUGCUAUCCCAGCGGUAGCAGCUUCACAUUCCAUUGUUUUCCAGAUGGGAAUGUUCAACCUGCCAUGAAUGAACUUUUCUGAAACUCGUCCUGUUUGUCUUGGGGAG